AUGGACUUACCGAAAUAUGAGCAUCCACUCGAGACAAAAUGUCCGUUGAAAUAUGCGGAUAUUGUUACUAUCGACCUUUCUGAAUAUGAUCGUCCGGGAGGAAAAGAGACACUGGCACAGAAAUUCAAACAAGAGAUGUUAACAGAGAAAGGCUUCUUCUAUAUCACCAAUAUUGGUCUAUCUCAGGAGGAGAUUGAUCUCCAGUUUGCCAUUGCAAAGGCAUUUUUUGAACUACCCGAAGAAGAACGACUGAGACACCGUGCUCCUUUAGAAGAUGGUAGCUACAAUGGCUACCCAUCUUCAAAUUCAUCCCCCAAAGCGAGCGAUCACACCCAGACCUCAUCAAACUCCAUGGAUAUCGAGAGAUUCUCCCGCUUCAUGCAUGAGAACGUGUCCUUCAAGCUCCUCCGAAUAUUAGCCACCAUGCUCGAACUACCAGAAGACCAGUUCGUGCAUGGAAACCGCUACGAAGAUGAAUGCGAUAGCUCUAUCCGCUAUAUGCUAUACCAUGCCCGUUCCCAAGAAGAAAACAAGACGUAUGAUGAUAUCUACUUCCGUGGACACACGGACAAGGGGACUAUGACGUUCCUAUUUCAGCAACCAAUAGCAGGACUACAAGUGAAACAGGCCGAAGAUGCAGAGUGGGAAUAUCUAAGGAUUCCUGCAGGCUCUGUCGCUGUUAAUAUCGCCGAUACGCUCCAGUUCCUCACAAAUGGGUAUCUGAAAAGUGGAAUUCAUCGGGUUAUAACGCCACCGAAGGAUCAGAUGCACCUCGAUCGAUUAGGCUUGUUGUAUUUUGUGCGGCCGACUGACAAAUUGCGGUGGAAGGCACUGGAUAGUCCUUUCUUGCAGAAGGAAGGUUAUGGCAAAACCACGACCGAAAAUGACAAGGAUGUUUCUGGGCUGGAGUGGUGGAGAGCUGGGGUUAAGGCUCGCAAGGGAGCAAAUUACAUUAGUUCCCCAGCCAGCACAACCUAA